UCACUCCCCCCUCUCCCCCUCUCUCGCGGAGCCGCCGCACAACCAGCGCCAAAGUCUAACCCUAGAUCCGGACCGCGUCUCCGGCGAUCUCCGGCCAUGGCGUCCCGCCGGGUCGUCUCCUCCCUCCUCCGCUCCGCCUCCCGCAUCCGGGCGGCCUCGCCCGCCGCGCCGCGCCCGCGCGCGCCGCCGCACCGCCCGUCCCCGGCCGGGUACCUCUUCAACCGCGCCGCCCAAUACGCCUCGUCCGCCGCGGCCCAGGCGGCGCCCGCCACCCCGCCGCCGGCCACCGGGAAGACCGGGGGAGGCAAGAUCACCGAUGAGUUCACCGGCGCCGGCGCCAUCGGGCAGGUGUGCCAGGUCAUCGGCGCCGUCGUCGAUGUGCGCUUCGAUGAGGGGCUCCCGCCCAUCCUCACCGCGCUAGAGGUGCUCGACAACAACAUCCGCCUCGUGCUCGAGGUGGCGCAGCACCUUGGCGAGAACAUGGUGCGCACCAUCGCUAUGGACGGGACUGAGGGGCUCGUCCGCGGCCAGCGCGUCCUCAACACCGGCUCCCCCAUCACCGUGCCUGUUGGCAGGGCUACACUUGGACGCAUUAUGAAUGUUAUUGGUGAGCCGAUUGAUGAGAGGGGUGACAUAACGACAAACCACUUCCUCCCUAUCCAUCGCGAAGCCCCUGCUUUUGUUGAGCAAGCCACUGAGCAGCAAAUUCUUGUUACUGGAAUUAAGGUUGUGGAUCUUCUUGCACCCUACCAAAGGGGAGGAAAGAUUGGUCUUUUUGGUGGUGCAGGUGUUGGUAAAACUGUCCUUAUUAUGGAGUUGAUCAACAAUGUCGCUAAGGCCCAUGGUGGUUUCUCUGUGUUUGCUGGUGUUGGAGAACGUACCCGUGAAGGUAAUGACCUGUACAGGGAAAUGAUUGAAAGUGGUGUCAUUAAGCUAGGUGACAAGCAGAGUGAAAGCAAGUGUGCUCUUGUCUAUGGGCAAAUGAAUGAGCCCCCGGGUGCUCGUGCUCGUGUUGGGCUGACUGGUUUGACUGUUGCUGAGCAUUUCCGUGAUGCUGAAGGACAAGAUGUGCUUCUGUUUAUUGACAAUAUUUUCCGCUUCACUCAGGCAAACUCUGAGGUGUCUGCUCUCCUUGGACGUAUUCCCUCCGCUGUGGGGUACCAGCCAACCCUUGCAACUGAUCUUGGAGGACUGCAAGAGCGAAUUACGACAACAAAGAAGGGUUCUAUUACUUCUGUCCAGGCUAUCUAUGUGCCUGCUGAUGAUUUGACAGAUCCUGCUCCUGCUACUACCUUUGCCCAUCUUGAUGCCACAACUGUGUUGUCACGACAGAUCUCUGAGCUUGGUAUCUAUCCUGCUGUCGACCCACUGGAUUCCACAUCCAGAAUGCUUUCUCCCCAUGUGCUGGGUGAGGAUCACUACAACACUGCUCGUGGUGUUCAGAAGGUUCUUCAGAACUACAAAAAUCUUCAGGAUAUUAUUGCCAUUUUGGGUAUGGAUGAGCUCAGUGAAGAUGACAAGCUGACAGUCGCACGUGCGAGGAAGAUUCAACGUUUCCUGAGCCAGCCUUUCCAUGUUGCUGAAGUUUUCACGGGUGCUCCUGGGAAGUAUGUGGAGCUCAAGGAGAGUGUUAAGAGUUUCCAGGGUGUUUUGGAUGGUAAGUACGAUGACCUUCCUGAGCAGUCAUUCUACAUGGUUGGAGGCAUCGAGGAAGUCAUUGCUAAGGCCGAGAAAAUUGCCAAGGAGUCUGCUUCAUAAGGAGGCUUCUUGAUUGUUGAACCUCUUGUACAAGUUUCAUUUUUGGAAUUUUAAGCUUUUAUGUUCUUCGCAGUUAGGCAGGACGAGCUGGAGAGCCAUCUCCUGCUGAGGGGUGUUUGUUUUUGUUUUUUUGUUCCUCCACUUUACAACCAAAAUAAGCAACAGCAGUGACAUUGAUUUUGGCUGCACUGAAAUUACAUGACUCCAGAAACUCGUGCCCGUUGUAAUGCAGAUCCAUCAGACCAUGAAGUUAUGGCGUCUGGUUGGUAAAUUAUGUUAUCUCCAGGUUCUGUACCGCUA